AGUAAUUCUAAUUCUGAAUAAGUAGAAACUGAAGCCUAACGCAGUGUUAAGUUUCGUUUUCGUGAGUGCCUCUGGACAAUAAUGAGUCACAUUCACAAGCUGUUUGUUGACUGUACAGAUCAGCUGUUCCAGCUCUCACUGGAACCAACGUCUUCUUUUAAAAGAUAAAGAUGGAACAACAGGAAUGGAUUCGCAUCUUUCAGAUUGAAAUUGAAACACUUAACCGAAAAGAACACUCAUGGCAUUUGGAGUUUGAUGAAAAUAUUGAUCCUGAAAAUCCAAACAUGGGCUGGAAAAAGUACUUCAGGAAAACAAGUGCAAGAUUCAGCUGUACCUCAUGCAGGAGAAGUUGGCCUUCAAACCGAGUCAUGGUGGUUUUCCACAUGCGCCUUGUGAAUGGCCAAGGCACAGUCAAGGUGAGGCCUUUGCGCCAAAACUGCAAGAGAUGUCUCAAUGCACAGAUGGUGAAACCAAGCGUGGAGUCUGACAACAUUCAAGUCCUCAUGGAGAACCUGAUGAUGAAAAUAAGAAUUAAGUGCUACCAAGAAAACCUUGGAGAACAUAACAAGAUACCCAGAAGCUUUGAUGUGAAGAGUCCCCAUGAGCCUGGUCAUUGUGAGGGAUGCAGGCUAGGAAUUUGUACAAAACAAUGACAUAAACACAUUCUCUCUCUCUCUUGCUUUUGAAAGUGUCUGUUUAGCAUUGAUUUAAAAUGCUUAUAUUAAAAACAAAUUCAUAUGAAAAAUGAAUAUGUAUUCUCAAUAUAUUUAAAUAUUACUAUACAUGAUAUAUUAAAACAUUUUGUGUAAAGAUA